UUGACUGGGUUCUUCGUGUGAACAGUGUUGCUGUGCAAAACCUUACCAGGAUCGUAGCAGAAGAUCUGUCAGUCACUAUAACAAGUUUGUGUGUCGGAGCCACAGGACCUUCGCUGUUGUCGUUAAGCUACGAUCUGCUAAGAUGACAGAGCUGAGGCACCGUGGAGCCAGAGACACCGACCCAGCGUUACAGCAGCAGCCGUCAGAGGACAAGGGUUCAGACAGUGAGCUGAAGGUGGAAAAAGAUGGGGUUUCAGACACUGAGGCCAAGGUGGACUCAGGGGUCCCAGAGGUGCCGGUCCCUCCUGAUGACACCCCUGAGGUUCUAAACAAGGCCCUGUCCGGACUCUCCUCAAGAUGGAAGAACUGGUGGGUACGAGGCAUCCUCACAUUAGCCAUGAUCUCCUUCUUCUUCUUCAUCAUCUACCUGGGCCCCAUGGUGCUUAUGAUGAUUGUCCUCUGUGUUCAGAUCAAGUGCUUCCAAGAAAUCAUCACCAUCGGCUACAGCGUCUACCACUCCUACCACCUGCCCUGGUUCAGGACGUUGAGCUGGUACUUCCUGUUGUGUGUGAACUACUUUUUCUAUGGCGAGACCGUGACAGAUUACUUCUUCACACUGGUGCAGAGGGAGGAGCCGCUUCGUAUCCUCAGCAAAUACCACCGCUUCAUCUCCUUCGCUCUCUACCUCACAGGUUUCUGCAUGUUUGUGCUGAGUUUGGUGAAGAAACACUACCGCCUUCAGUUCUACAUGUUUGGUUGGACCCAUGUGACUCUGCUGAUUGUGGUGACUCAGUCUCACCUUAUCAUUCACAACCUGUUUGAGGGGAUGAUCUGGUUCAUUGUGCCAAUUUCCUGUGUGAUCUGUAACGACAUUAUGGCCUACAUGUUUGGAUUCUUCUUCGGCCGCACCCCUCUCAUCAAGCUGUCACCCAAGAAGACAUGGGAGGGAUUCAUUGGUGGGUUGUUCGCCACCAUUGUGUUUGGCAUCAUGCUCUCCUAUGUGAUGGCCGGCUACCGCUAUUUUGUGUGUCCAGUGGAGUUCAACAACGACUCCAACAGUUUCCAGGUGGAUUGUGAGCCGUCUGACCUUUUCCAGCUGCAGGAAUACGCCCUGCCCAGCGUCCUGGAGUCUGUCACCGGAUGGACCACAGUGCGCCUCUAUCCGUUCCAGAUCCACAGCAUCGCUCUCUCCAGCUUCGCCUCCAUCGUGGGACCCUUCGGUGGCUUUUUCGCCAGCGGCUUCAAGAGAGCCUUCAAGAUCAAGGAUUUUGCCAACACAAUCCCCGGUCAUGGUGGCAUUAUGGACAGGUUCGACUGCCAGUACCUCAUGGCCACAUUUGUUAAUGUCUACAUUGCCAGCUUUAUCAGGGGCCCCAAUCCCAGCAAGGUGAUCCAGCAGCUCCUGGCCCUCCGUGCCGACCAGCAGCUCCACAUCUUCAACUCCCUGAAGGCUCACCUGACGGAGAAGGGCCUGCUGCCAGCGCUGGAGGAGGCCGCCGCCUAGAUCCGCCCACACCGGCCUCGCCCUGAAGGGGGAGUCAGAGAGGAGGGCAGCGCCUGUGGGGUCCGUGCAGCCCUGGAGAUCUGGGAGACUCGAAGUGCUUUGAGUGAGCGAGAACACAUCUGAGAAAAAACAAAACAAAUCAACAACAACAACAAAGAAAACCACAAAUAACUACAGCCUUGGGUCAUUCCAUUUCAUCUGGGUAUGAGAGUGGUGUGUGUUUGUGUUCACACAGUCUGUGAAUCAUGUUUCUGACACCAGUGUUUUCAGGUUUAGUUAGUGAAUUACUGUUACACAUUUCCAUUAUAGACAACUUGUAUCUAUUCACACUGUUGAACAAAACGUUGGUCAGCUGUACAUUUCUACCUGUAAACAGGACACCUUCUAUAUACCAAGUAAUGUGUUAAUAUUUUACUGUACAUUUUUUUUCUUUGUUUAAUGCACUGCUCUCAACCCUGUUACUCACUGUAAUGUUACUCCAGCUGCCCCCUCCCCUAAAAUUUAAGUUUUAAUUUUCUUUGUUGUGAUUGUUUCUAUUUAUACAUAGAUGGUUUUUAUAUUUGCUAUGUUCUAUUAUAUCUUAAGGUCGUGUCUGUGUCUGUUUUAUUCAGGCUGAAUUCACUUUUACCAUCUGCCAAGUGCAUUUGUGUGUCACUUUUUUUUUUUUUUUUUUUUUUCCUGUGUUUGUUGCCAUUCAACAUUUCAAAGCCUCUCGUGCUUGGCCAAGUAAUUGUCGUCAUGUUAUCAUGUGUUGUCAUGCAGAAAUAUAAGGUGAAUGAGGAGGUUACACUGAAGUAUUUGAUUGAAUCUGACAGACACAGAAUCCAGUCUCUGAGGCGGAUGAAUCCCAGCUGUUGGAGGUUUUUUGCAGUAAGGAGCAGUUUAGCAAAAUGGUCUUUUAGUAUGAGUGAAGGCCAGUGCGAUGAACACCAGCACAAUAUAGACACACACUCCCUUCACCUGGUUGCUAUUUCAUGGCAAACGUGGAAGAUAGACAGUCAUGUUUUAUUUUUUGGAUUAAUUGACGUGAUCUGUGUUCAGACUUUUUUUAUCUGUAACAAUGACCUGUUAAAGGUUUUAUACAUUUUCAGUGAGGUGGUGAGAUUGUUCAUUACGGCUUCUAUUUGUGACAUUGUUGGGAUGGGACUGUUUGUACCAGUGUACAUGAGGCAUGGUGAUGGUUUCUACACUGCCAGAAUCUGCUUCUGUUGUAACCUCGUCAUGUUCACAGCUUCAGAGCAGAACAUGUGGCUACCGCUGGUCUGCUCGACUGAUUUGGGUGAAACCUUUCCUAUAAAGCAGGUGGUUGUCUUUGUAACGCAUCUGAUUUUUAAGUUUGCCAAUACCAUCAGAUGCUGUAUCCCCACCAGGGUUCAUCCCCAGGAGGAUUCUGGGAUGUGUGUGACACUGGCAAAUGUCUGUUUGAUUUGGUGGUAAAAUAUAAAAACUGAAGUUCCUUUACUGUUGGUUCAUUUCUGUUUUUUAAGUUUUCUAGAAGAGUUUCUUCCACAGUCUGUAGUUAUUUUAAAGGAGCACCUCACCGAUUCUUACCCCUAAACAUCAGUACUACUCAGACUGUCUGGGAAAAUAACCCCGAUGAUGUCAUAGUGAUGUCAUUACGACUGAGCUUGAAAUUUUACCUGAAAGACGGAAAUACAAACUGGGUUGUGGAAUUUCAAAUAGUGUGGGCCUUUAUGAGGAGGGUCAAAUUAAAAAAAAAAAAAAAAAGUUAAUUGUUGAGAUGCAUUAUGGGAAAUGUAGUGUCCACAAAAAAUCAGGUUAUCUCGACCUCUGUUUCAAUUUUGACAAUUCUAUGUCUCUUGCAUGUCCACAAAUUUAUGUUGGAACACUCCUUUGAAAGUGCCAACACAGUCUGCUUUGUUAUUUUAGUCUGAGUUAAAAAUGUUUUUAUCAUUGUUAUUGGAAAUAUAAAUAUCAUUUGAACUGUGAUUGAGCCCUUUGAACUCAAACCGUAAACAGUAAUACUCAAACAGUAUUGAUAGAUUACAGCGAAAGUUGGAGAGCAAAUUCACCUCCAGUUUCCAACAGACUCCAAAAGGCUCAGAUUGUUAAUUUAAGUAAAUCUGCAAAUGGUGAUUAAUUACAAGUUAAUGGGUUGCUAUGGAGAAAUUAUGGUGAGGGUGCUAUACAGGGGCUUAGGCGCUGCAGCAAACACUAAAGUACAUCCAGUGUACACGAGUCCAACUCUGAUUGGACAAAGCUUUGGCUGUAAUCAUCCUAACAUCCUCUAAUCACCUCAUCUCAUUUGUGCACGUUCUCCAUUUUGUUUCUAUCCAAUCAGAUAAAAGAAUUCAUUUCUCCUUGUCAGUGAAGCCAAACGAACUCUGGAGGUCGAGUGAAGCACUGUAAACGUUAAUGUAACCCAGACAACUGUUUCUUUUGUAGCAGGGAUGUGAAGGUUGGGAUCUAUGUGUCUCCAUAUGGUCAUCAUAUAAAAACUCACCAGGGUCAGCUUGGAAACCACUUGCCACCUUAAAUUUCCUCUCAUCAGAAUCUGAAUCAUUAAAAAUAUAAGUAUAUACUUUUAAGCAAAGGACUUACAUUUUUGGUAACCCAGAAUUUGCUUUUGCUCCAUUAUGACAAUCAGUUUAUAGGAGUUGACGUCAUUAUUUUUUCAGACGGUAUAAACCACUCUAUGAACCAAGCAUGGCUUUACAUGUUGUUUUCUUUUUGCAUCUGAAAGUCAUUCCAUUCAUUUCUUCACUGAUGUGAUUCCAUUCUCGUCUCUGUUUUUAACUAGUGUGAUAUCCAACCAGUCUUAACUAGAUCUUUCUUACAAUAUUUAUUUUAUUUACUGUAAGCAAAUCAGACCUUUUCAAAGCUAAGAUAUUGUACAUUUAAAAAAAUGUUUAGAGAUAUGUUGAGUGUUCUUUAGUAUUCUUGGUUAGAGGAGUAUAUAAGUAUUAUUAUUAUUAUCAUAGUAAAAAACAUCAAGAUAGCAGAAAACUAUUUUCUCCGUCUUUUCUUGCUGUGACUUUAGUGCACUUGGGUGUUUUCUAGGCUAUUCCUUGAUAGCUGUUGUGUGAACCAACUUCUGUGUCGCAGUGAAGCAAGUUGAAGCAAUGCUGCGGAUACUUGUAGCGCCGUGUUGCAUCGUCUCCUUUUGAAUAGACAGGAAGUUUCCUGAGAAGUCUGAGGACUGGUGUCUCAGCAGUCGUAAGAUAUCUCACAUUUCUCAUGCUUCACCGCCUCUGUAGCGGUGUGAUCUUUGAGGUUUUUGUCCCCCCGCAGCUCUGUACUGCCAUUUCUCUGUCAGGUGUUACACGCAGCCACUAGAGAGAGCUGGAGCUUGUGUGGUUGGCUUAUUAAGUGUAAUACUGAUGCUGCAUCUGAGCAGAAAAGGUUUGACCCUUUGUAACUGCUGUUUGAUACAUUCCAGUGCCCCUAAAAUUGAGGUUUGCUCACAUGAGGGAUUAAUAUAAAACUAUCAGUGCUUUUGUUUUUUUGUUUCGUGGCGCUCAGGAAACCCCUCUGUGCCAUUCUUAAUCAACACAGUGCCACUUUGCUGUUGUGAAUCCUGCCCAGCCAGGACCCUCUUACAAGGAUUGUAUGGCAGGUUGUGACUGUCCCACAUACUGUGUAGGCUCCCCUCUGUGGACAAUUUGUUUUGUUGUUAUAGAUUCUCUUUAAAAAAAAAACCUGUAUGAUUUCAGUAUAUCAUUCCUAAACUGUGCAAUGGUUUGUGUUGAGUUGUACAAUUGUCUAGAGCAAAGUGGUACCCUUUGAUGCUGAAAUGUGCUUCGCCUUGGUUCAGAGAAAAUUAAAGAUAUAUAUAUAUAAAAUUAAAAAAAAAAA